GGCCGCGGGGGAGGCUGGGCCGGGCCCGGCCCCGCCGCCAUGGCCGAGGGCUCGGCGGAGCUGGAGCUGUUCCGCCGCUGCUGGCGGGAGGAGCUGGCGGGGGGCGCGAAGCGGCGGCGGCGGGAGGCGGCGGCAGCAGCCGGGCAGCCCCCAGCGGGGCCGGCAGCGGGGCCCGGGAGCCGCCCCAGCGCAGAGCAGGCCGAGCCGGGUUACCUGGCGCUGGCCCGCGGCCUGCUGCACGGCGGCGCCCCGCCCGGCCCGGCCCGCCGCAGCCCUUCGCCCGCCCGCCCCGCUGAGGAGCCCGCGGGGGAUGGAGGCGGCGAUGGCGACGAUCUGCUGGGGCAGCUCAUCCGAGACCUGAAUGAAAUAAAUGAGGUUCCUUUCUUUGAUGUCCAGCUGCCUUAUGAACUGGCACUGAAGAUAUUUCAGUACCUCGGCAAGACGGAGUUGGGAAGGUGUGCUCAGGUCAGCAGGACGUGGAAGGCACUUGCAGAAGAUGAAGUGUUGUGGUACAGGUUGUGCCAACAGGAAGGAUACCUGUUGGAUACAAGCAUCUCCGAUCAUGCCUGUUGGAAGCUUGCCCUCAGGAACUGCCGGGCCAGGGAGCGCACAUUGAAAACCAACUGGAAGAACCGCAUCGGUGCUGUGAGCCAGCUGCGGUACGAGCUGGGAAGGAUUCUGUGUGAUGUACAUUCCUGUGAUGGAGUUGUCAUUGCUGGAUACACAUCAGGAGAAGUGAGGUUGUGGGACACUCGCACCUGGGACUACACAGCCCCCAUUCUGGAAGCAGUGCAUGGUCCUGGUGAUGCUGGACCUCGGCCACAUGUCUCCUUUGUGAGGAUAAACAGCUCCCUGGCUGUAGCAGCUUACGAGGACGGGACAAUUAGCAUUUGGAACCUGAUGUUCGGGCGGGAGCCAAUCCAUCAUUACCAGCACAACCAGAGGAUACAGGCUCUAGCUCUUGGUUCAGAGGGUGCAGUGGUAGCAACGGCAUCUGGCUUCGAGGUCAAAGUGGAAAGCCCUGAUGACAGAGGAUUCUGGCAAACCACAGCAACAUUUGACAUCCAGAAACUGGUCAACUUCCUUAAUCUGGUUCCAGAUGCUGGGGGAAGUCCAGUGGCGGUAGCAGCUGCAGAAGACAUUGUCUAUCUCCUGAAAGCAGAAGAUCCUGGCAAAAUUCUCCAUUCUGUCUAUGGCCAGCCUGUGACGUGUCUCGAUGUGUCUGCGCAUGGAGCUGCCUUUGGGGUCAGAAACUUUGGCUGGUUAUUGAAUGAGCCCAACCAGAUUCUUCUUUACAAUCUGGAAACAAGUCAGUGUCUGAAGAAGAUGGGGAACUCCAUAGGUGACUUUACCUGUGUCAACCUCCAGAACAGUCCUCCAAACAUGCUUGUAACAGGCAAUAAAGACAGAAGGGUCAGGGUGUUCGACCUCCGCAGAAGUGAAUCCCUGUGCUCCCUCUAUGCCCACCAGUUAGGAGUGUCUGCGGUCCAGAUGGAUGACUGGAAGAUCGUCAGUGGAGGGGAAGAGGGCUUGGUCUGUGUGUGGGACCAGCGGAUGGGCACCAAGCUCUGGGAAAUGCAUGCCAGGCAUCCAGUCCGCCACAUAUGGUUUAAUGCUCACAGCCUCAUCACUGCGAACAUCCCUGAUGAGAAAAGUCUUCCAGGCACCAGCAUCACGGAUGAUGACCUUACUGUGCACCACAAGUAUCGAGGAAUCAUUUAUGCCUACGAGUUCUCAGCAGACCAGUUGGCUGUAGAAAGUGUCCUUCCAAUCUGCCGCUCUUCCUAUGAUGAAGUGACUGGUUACAACUACAACAUUGGCCUUGCAGUUCCCUAUGAUAACAUUUAGGUAACUCACUUCACUUGGCUUCUGAGGUCCAGCCCUCUGCCAAGUACAUGGCCAAAGGCAAAAAGGAAAUCCACAUGGGAUAAGAGCCAAAAAGACGGGCUUGCAGGCACGUGGAGUGGGUUGAGCAUCUGCUGAAAACCUGGGGAUAUGAACAAGAAGAGAAAGGUUCUAACACUAAAAUAUGCUGCUGCCCAAACAAAACCUGUGCUGGAACGGAGAGAAGGGGAACAGUAAACAGUGUUCCUUCCUGCUGCUUGUGGGAACAACACUGCUGAUCCCAUCCUGGCACAGGACACAGUCAGGAAGCGAGAGCCCUGAGUGGCAAACUGCAGGGGUAGUGGGAGGCUGGGAGCACAUUGGGGAGUUGGUGCUUAUCCUGAGAGGAGAAAAUAACCACCAAGGACUUGGAAGAAGCAUCCUGCUGAGCCACGUGGCUGGAAUUUCUUUCCUUGUAACGAGCUGCUCAUUCUGAUUUUCCUUGGGGUGCAUCAGAACGUGUCUGAGAACAGGUCCAUGAGUAAAAGGUGGUUGGGAGAGGGGGUUAUGAUGGCGAGGGAGGGGAAGGGUGGCCCUGGCCAGGCUGGAUGCUGGGACACUCAGCAGGCCACACGCAUCAAAAUGAUUUUAAAUUAAAUUAUUUUUGUAAGUCUCUAAAAUAGAAUUAAAUUUUUUCUAAUGGUAA